AUGCGAGGAACAGCCGCCAUUCCCCAGCCGCCACGAGAAGAAAAGCAAACCUGCGCAGAGAACGGAAGGAAAGAGGGGAGGCGGAGAGAACCUUCCAGCACGGCGCUGAGACGCACCCACUUCCAGCAGGAACUCCGUGGGAACAGAGCUCGGGCCCGCCCUGCACCCCACUUUCCUGCCCCCCCCCCCGCCUCCCUGCCCCCUCACGCCCCACUUCCGGCUCCCCACUUCCCCCAAGGUUCCCACGGCCCCCCCCCGCCCCCGGUCUCUGCCUCCAGCUCCCUUCCCAAGCCAGAGGGCCGCAGUGUGCGGAGAAGCCGGGGCACACCCCGUCAUUCCCAAACUCCCCGCGGAGGCCCCCCGGGGCCCCCCACGACCUCGGAGAAGCCGGGGCACACCCCGUCAUUCCCAAACUCCCCGCGGAGGCACCCCACGACCUCGGAGAAGCCUGGCACACCCCGUCAUUCCCAAACUCCCCGCGGAGGCCCCCCGGGCCCCCCACGACCUCGGAGAAGCCGGGGCACACCCCGUCAUUCCCAAACUCCCCGCGGAGGCACCCCACGACCUCGGAGAAGCCUGGCACACCCCGUCAUUCCCAAACUCCCCGCAGAGGCACCCCGGGCCCCCCACGACCUCGGCCAGGAGGCCAAGGCCGCCUGCGACCUAGACAGUGAGCCGAAGAGCGGCUGCUCGGAGGGUCUGGGGGCGGGGGUCCCCCGAGCUGAGGAGACCGGGACACCGAGGCCCGGCCCCCGUCACGGCAGCGAGGGCCCGGCCCGGGCUCCCACGCGGCUCUAG